AUGGGUCCUUUUAAUCAAAAUACAACACAAACGGAAACUUACGAAUCAUCUUCCAAACAACCAGAGAGCACCAGCGGAGCUGUAGGUGAUAUUAAACAAAAUAUUCAUAGUCAUCAUGGCCCCAAUGCACAUAGAAAACAUUCAAGAACAAUAUCCAGUACAAGUUCACGAAGCUUAUAUGAUAACAAACAUAAUUCAGCCGGUCCUCGUUUUCAUGCAGAUGGUGGAAAAGUAGCAGGUGCUGGUAACUACAUUUAUGGCGAACAACAACAAUAUAGUGCAGGUGGUAGUGGUGUUAACGAUCCUUAUGGUGUUUUUGGUAGUUACAAUGAAUUUUAUUAUGGCAAUCAAGCUGUUUCCGAUGAAUCAAGUGAUAUAUAUCGUCGUCGUCGGCGUCAUGGAUAUACUCGUCAUCAAACCAUUCGUUUACCAGAUCAACCAAGCAUUGUACGACAAGUACGACGUCGAUUGUCUACACCAGAACCAGAUAUUAUCGAACGUGUUUACAUUCGUCGUCAAUUAAAUGACAUUAUAGAAGAAAUCAUUGAAGAACCAACAACGCCACCACCUCGCCUUCAAGAACGCACUAUUGUUGAACAAUCUUCACCAUCUCAAGUUAUACGCAAAGUAGUUCGUGUACCGCAUCGUAGUCAAAUUCAUGAAUAUCAACACCAAGAAACACUUGACAAAUAUGGAAGUUUAAGCGGUGCAAAUGCACCAGGAGCUGGUUAUGGUGUUUAUGGAGCCGGCUAUGGACAAUCAGGACAAGGAUAUAAUACAAGUGGUAAUUACCAUCAGUUAAGUGAUAAUAUUGAAAUUCAAAAACAAGGACCACAAGGUUAUGGACAAACUGGUCAACAACGUUAUCAAGAACCACAGCAACCAGUAGCUGGUGCUCAUUUUAAUUAUAAUGCAUCUAAUACACAAGGCUUAGCUAGUGCUGGCAUGUAUCCACCUCAACCAGUAGCACCUCCAUCGAACUUUUCACAAAAUGCCUUUGGCUUUGAGACAGGAGGUAUUGGUGGUCCAGCAUCUUCCCUACCCCAACCAUCACUUUCUAGUUAUGGUCCAAGUCCUCAGGGCUUGGGCGGAUUAGUAGGAGCCGCAAAUUUUGCAGCGCAAGGAUUCGGACUUUUAGGAGUACCACCGAAUUUCGGAUUGGCUCCAAAUUUUGGAGUACAAUCAGGUUUAGGAGUAGCACCAAAUUUAGGAGCGGCACCAUAUUUUUGUGCAGGAGCCAGUUUUGGAGCAGCUCCAUCUUUUGGAGGAACAUCAGUUGGUCAAAUAGGAGGACUUUCUAGUAGUGGUUUUGGCGGUGGUGCAAUAGGUUAUGGUGGCGGCUUUGGCAGGGGGCAACUAAGUAACCCUGGCAGCUACGGAGCCGGCACUAGCUUCGGAGGUGCAUUUUUCGGUGCCCAAGGCUUGGUAGACUGUGCAGCUCUAUUUAAUCCAUUCGCUGGCGGUUUUAGUAGUUCUGCAAUGUCUUGCUGUGGUGGUGGAAUGGGAGCUGCAUUAGGUGGAUAUGGUGGUGGAAUGGGAGCUGCAUUAGGUGGAUAUGGUGGUGGAAUGACAGGUGGAUAUGGUGGCGGAAUGACAGGUGGAUUUGCUAGCCCAAUGGGAGGUGGAUAUGGUGGUGCAAUGUUAGGUGGACUAAGUGGAUAUGGUAGCGCAAUGGGAGGUGGAUAUGGUAGCGCAAUGGGAGGUGGAUAUGGUGGUAUGAUGGGUGGUGGAUAUGGUGGUAUGAUGGGUGGUGGAUAUGAUAGUAUGAUGGGCGGCGGAUAUGGUGGUAUGAUGGGUGGCGGAUAUGGUGGUGGGUAUGGCGGUAUGAAUCCAUGUCUUCCUGCUGCACCACCAAUGGUAUGCGCCCCACCACCUGUGAUUCAACAAGUUCCAUGUCCCGUACCCGUACCACAACCUUACCCAUGUCCUGUGCCCGUGCCACAACCUCAACCUGUUCCUGUUCCAUAUGCUGUACGCGAAUGUGUACCUGUACCGCAACCUUGUCCAGUUCCUGUACCGGUUCCAGUUCCACAGAUUCAAAUACAACAUGUACCUGUACCUGUUCCACAGCCGUACCCAGUACCAGUUCCUGUACCUGUCGAUCGUAUUGUCUGCCAGCCAGUGUGUGUUCCUGUUCCUCAACCAGUUCCACACCCAGUGCCUGUUCCUGUGCCUCAACCAUGCCCCGUACCAGUUCAUGUUCCAGGACCCAUGCAAGCUAUACCCGUACCUGUUCCUCAGCCAUGUCCUGUUCCAGUGCCUCAACCUUGUCCAGUUCCAGUUCCAGUUCCUAGUCCACCUCAAUGUAUACCUGUUCCAGUUCCUAUGCCCGUGUCUCAACCAAUGUGUAUGCCUCAACCGAUGUGUAUGCCAGCUCCAGUAGCUAGUCCAUGCGCCGGAUUGGGAGCUUAUGGUGGUGGAUUUGGCGGUGGAUUUGGCGGUGGAUUUGGCGGUGGAUUUGGAGGUUUUGGCGGUGGGCUAGCACUUCCACCUCUUAUGGGCGGAGGUCUUGGUUUAUAUGGUGGUGGAAUGGGAUGUGGAGGUGGUCUUGGACUCUUAGGUGGUCUUGGAGGUUUAGGUGGUGGUCUUGGAGGAUUGGGUGGUGGAAUCGGUGGUAUACCACUUGGUUUUGGUGUGACAACAACAACGGGUGGCAUCGGUCCAUAUGGAAACAAUUUCGGUGGAUAUGGAGGUGGCUUAUAUGGAGGAACUCUUGGAUAUGGAUCAGGAUACGAUUUCGCCACUGGACCUGGUUCUGGACGCCGCUAUGGUCGCACUUCCUAUCGCCGAUAA